AUGUCUUUCCCACAUUUCGGACACCCGUACACCAGCGCUUCCCAGUUUCUGGUGUCUGCCAGUCCCAGCGCCACUUGCUGCGAGUCCGCCCCGCGAUCGGUUCCUGAAGUGGCCUCGGGCUCCACGCCGGCCGCUCUUUGCUGCGCGUCGUACAAUAGCCGGCUGCUGGGCAGCGCACGGCAGGAGCUAGGCGCCGCCCUGGGCAUCUAUGGAGCCCCUUACGCGGCCUCUUCGGCCUCGCAGAGCUACCCAGGCUACCUUCCCUACGGCCCGGAACCAUCUGCGCUGUAUGGGGCGCUGAAUCCACAGUAUGAAUUCAAAGAGCCUACUGGGAGCUUUGCAUCUGGCCUGGCGCCAUCGGGAGCUUAUUAUCCUUAUGAGUCCAGUCUGGGGCAGUACCAAUAUGACCGUUAUGGCUCUGUGGAGUUGAGCGGCGUUGGACGCCGGAAGAACGCUACCCGGGAAACCACUAGCACGCUCAAGGCCUGGCUGAAUGAGCACCGCAAGAACCCCUACCCCACCAAAGGUGAGAAGAUCAUGCUGGCCAUCAUCACCAAGAUGACCCUCACCCAGGUGUCCACCUGGUUCGCCAACGCACGCCGGCGCCUCAAGAAGGAGAACAAGAUGACAUGGGCACCCAAGAACAAAGGCGGAGAAGAGAGGAAGGUGGAAACCAGAGCUGAGGAGUCACCAGGCAGCCUAAACAGGGACGCCAACGACCUUACUGCUAAUCAAGAGGCCCGGGGGCUCCGGCUGAGUGACCUGGAAGACCUAGAAGAGGAGGAGGAAGAAGAGGAGGCCGAAGAAGAGGAGACAGUGGCCCCAGCUACGGAUCGGCUGGUGGAGUUCCCUACAGGCGCGCAUUUGCUGCCCGCGUCCUGCGCCGCAGCUCGAGAGCGCCAGUUGGAGCGCCGGGAAUGCAGCCUGCUGAUCCCCCGCUUCUCCUUCAGUGAGACCCCCGGGCCGGGAGAUGGAGAUUUCCUCCGGGCAGAGCCCCGGGGCCCCAUGCUGACCAUGCACUACGCGUGCAGCGAAAAACCACGCAUCUGGUCGCUGGCGCACACAGCGGCGGCCAGCGCCUUCGAAGGUGCACUCCCAAUACGGCCCAGGACACGAAGUCCUGAGUGCCACUUGAUUCCCGGACAGCCUCCAGACUCAGGAAGGCGACCUGUGGUCCCCAGAGACUCCUCGUGCGACCAGUCUCCUCACAUAAUCAAAACCGUUGGAAACCCUACGUUUGCCCUGCAGGGGCUGGCACUGAAUUGUGCGCCCUGCCCGCAGCGGAAGGAGCCGGCGGUGCAAUGCCAGUACCCGUCAGGAGCAGAAGGUUAG